AUGCAAAAUAAACAAGGUGGGAAAUUCGUAUACGAUGGAAAGCGAAUUCAGCCGAUUUACGAGCGUUACGCUGUUGAUUUCAACAUGCCAUACAUAUAUUCCAGGUUCAAUGGUACAGCAGACCCAUUUCCAAUUGAUAGCAAUUUGGAUGUCACGUCUCAGUUGAUUCAGAUGCGUCCAGCCAGUGAAAUGCAUCCACGUGAAUCAGCCUGCACUCGUUACGUCCAAUAUUGUAUCAAUAAGAUCAGAUCGCCUGUCUGUAGCCUUUGUUGGUUUCCAGAUGGGAAGAAGGUGCUCACUGGUCUCCAGUCUGGUGAAAUCACAAUGUGGAAUGGAGUCACAUUCAACUUUGAUACAAUUCUUCAGGCCCAUUCCCAGGCAAUCAAAUCGAUGAAAUGGUCUCGAAACAACAGGCUUCUUCUCACAGGCGAUGCCAGUGGAGUUGUGAAGUACUGGAACACGGCCAUGAACAACCUGAAUGAGGUCGAGGUCCAUCAGUCACCGAUCAAGGACAUCUCAUUCUCACACGAUGAUUCGAAGUUCUGUACGGCCUGUGACGAUGCUACUAUCAAAAUUGUGGACGUGUUUGAGUCUGAAGUAGAACGAACUCUCAGAGGACACAACUGGGACGUGAGAAAGGCGCAAUUCCACGAAUCAAUGGCUCUGAUUGCUUCUGGUGGAAAGGACAAUCUUCUGAAACUGUGGGAUCCAAGAGAGUCAGCCUGUUUGAGCACAUUUCACUAUCACAAGAAUACGAUACUGAGCAUGUCCUUCUUCAAAGAAAACUACCUGCUUUCUGGUGGAAAGGAUCAGGUGGUGAAGAUGCUUGAUCUGAGAAUGAUGAAGGAGUGUUUCACGUACAAGGACACUGGUGAUGUCACUGCUUUGAAUGUGAGUAGCAAUUUGAUAUUUUCUGGUAACGGCCUAGGUGAAAUCAACUAUUGGGAGGAAUUCAACGAUGAGAUCAUUGCGACGAGUGAGAGACGCCACGAUAACACCGUCUGGUUCGUGGAGAUGCAUCCAUCUGGUCAUUGUUUGGUUUCAGGUGCUGCUGAUUACACAAUUCGAUUUUGGAUCAGACCAAGGCAGCAAAACAAGGAAGAAGAGAAAGAGACACAAAAAGAAGAAGGGGGAACAGCAAUACCAGGAUUACUACUGUAA